UGCAUUUGAUAUAAGCUAACAAUCUUUCCCCUUAAUCAAAUCAAGAGUGAGGUUUCUAUGAUCAUGACAACUAGAUACUUAGGCUUUGCAGCAUUAGUUCUUACUGCAUGCAUGUUAGGAAUUUCUGUUGAAUUUGAAUGUGGUGGUGAUUUGGCUGGCAUUCAAACUCAAUGUGAAAGUUUUGUUAAGAAGGAUGGGCCAAAGAUUCCACCAUCGAAACCAUGUUGUGAAGCAUUGAAAGGUGCUGAUAUCACAUGUUACUGCAAAUAUUUGACUCCUCCUAUUGAGAAACUGCUCAGCAUAGAAAAAGUAUUGUUUGUUGCUAAAACUUGUCAAUGCCAAAAUAUUCCUACGGACAAGUGUGGAAGUUAUGUUAUUCCUCAUCCUCCUCUUCUAUUAAAGGUUUGAUGACAAUGUUGGAUGCAUGCAACUUUUAUUAGCUGAUAUCUAUAAUAAAAUAAAAUAAAACAGGAUAUGAGUCUUUUUAAUUAUUUGUUUAUCCUUUUUCUAUGAUUUGUAUCUUCAUGAAUUCAAUGACAUGAUCAAAUUGUUGUAAUUUAAAAGUUGCAAUGUUUUAUAUAGUGAAAGCAUUAGUCUUUUCCCCCCUGUA